AGUUAUCGAUUACAGCAUGGAGCGUUUGGGAAUUCGAACAACUACAACACCACUACCCAUAUUAACAACGGAUGCAUCUGCAUUACGAACUGUUGCGAAAAAUAUAGAUUUAAAUAAUAUAGAUAAAGGAGACUGGCUUGCCUUCGAAACGGCUGCUGGCGGCAGACAAGUUGAGGACACGUGUAGCGACGAUGGAUGCCAGGCAAGGUGUAACCGACUUGGCUGUGAAUCUAUGUGCAAAGGAGAUACGUGUGCAGCUGGAGUAAGUUUAAACAUUAGUAAAUUGUUUAAAAUAAAUGUGUUGGUGGAUCAUGCAGCACGUUUGUAA